AGGAGUUUACUCGCCGCCCGGGUGGCUGGAAAAACAACCACCGGUCGUAGAUAUUAUUUGUGUUUUGCCGCCGGUGGGGUCAGUGACCGCGGCAUGCGGCGGCCGCGCGGCGGGGCGUCGUGACCCGCGGCCCGCGCGCUGCGACCAUGCUCAACCCCUUCGUGGAGGCGUCCCACCACGGACACCACUUCGCGCCCAUGGGCCUGAAGAUGUCGCCCCCCUCCGGCGCGGAGGACAACAUGCAGUUCCAGGGCGGCUACCACCACCACCACCACCACAUGGGCCUCAACCACCACCACAUGGGGCUGAACCACCACCACGCGCACGCCGGCUACGCGGCGCGCGACUUCCUGCUGCGGCGCGAGGGCCACCACGAGUUCGGCGCGCCGGGGGCGGCGGGGGCCGUGGGGGCGGUGCCGCACCACCACGCGCUGUACCCGCAGCACCACUACGCGCAGCCGCAGUACCCGCCGCACGGCGCCUUCCUGCGCUACAUGCGGCCGCCGCUGAAGCAGGAGAUGGCGUGCCAGUGGGUGGACGCGGAGCAGCCGCGCAAGGCGUGCCUCAAGGCCUUCAGCUCCAUGCACGAGAUCGUGACGCACCUGACGGUGGAGCACGUGGGCGGGCCCGAGUGCACGACGCACGCGUGCUUCUGGCAGGGCUGCCCGCGCAACGGCCGGCCCUUCAAGGCCAAGUACAAGCUCGUGAACCACAUCCGCGUGCACACGGGCGAGAAGCCGUUCCCCUGCCCCUUCCCCGGCUGCGGCAAGGUGUUCGCGCGCUCCGAGAACCUCAAGAUCCACAAGCGCACCCACACCGGGGAGAAGCCAUUUAAGUGCGAGUUCGAGGGCUGCGACCGGAGGUUCGCCAACAGCUCGGACCGCAAGAAGCACUCCCACGUGCACACGUCCGACAAGCCGUACAACUGUCGUGUGGCGGGCUGCGACAAGUCCUACACCCACCCCUCCUCGCUCAGGAAGCACAUGAAGGUGCACUGCUGCGGCAGCUCCACCAAGAGCCCGCCGCCGGGCUUCGACAGCGACGGCGACGACUCCAACAGCUCCUCGGCGGGCUCCAUCAGCGUGUCUGCCGGGGGCGGCGCGCCGUCUCCCGAGCCCCCGCCGCCCCCGCCCCCGCCGCCGCCGCCGCAGCACACCUCCAGCCUGUCCGAGUGGUACGUGUGCCAGAGCGCGGCGGGCAUGCCCACGCCUCCCAGCAACGAGCACUCGCCCGUGAACCCGCUCAGCCACGUGGUGCUGCCUCACCACCACCACAUGCUGGGCCACCACCACCACCACCACCACCAGGCGGCGUACUGA